GACGACCUGAGCGCGCUUCCCAACGACCUCCCCGCAGCACGUCUCCUGGUGCCGGAGAUUCGCGAGGUUGAGUCGCUUCGCCGACAGGUGCACAAUGCCAUCGAGGACAUCAAGGGCCAUCUCCGAGUUUUUUGCCGCAUACGGCCGCUGAACGACAAGGAGCGACAAAACAAUGACGAGGAAGUGGUGAAAGUUGUGGACAUGAUGCGACUGGAGGUCUCGCAGGGAGCAAGCUACUCCUUUGACGGUGUCUUCGCACCCGGCAGUCAAGAGGAGGUCUUCGAGGACUGCAAGGGCCUGGUGCAGUCCGCCAUUGACGGCUACAAUGUCACGAUCUUCGCGUAUGGGCAAACCGGCGCUGGCAAAACCUUCACGCUGUACGGGACACCAGAGCAGGAGGGCAUUGCCGGACGGUCAAUUGGACACCUUUUCGAGUUGCUGGGCGAGCUGCGGAAGAAGCACGCCGUGGCUGUCUCUGCCUCCAUGGUCGAACUGUACUGUGGCAAACUUGUGGACUUGCUGCGACCGAUGCGACGUGGUGGAAGCAGCCCCACAAACUCGCCGAAGCUUAACCUCCGCACGUGCCAUGAUGGUGGCACACAGGUAGAGAACCUCACGGAACAAGAAGCCAAGGACGUUCCGGAGCUCCGGCGUCUCCUGAAUCGAGGCCUCGCUGCCCGAACUGUGGCCGCGCACUCCAUGAAUGCGGACA